AUGAUGAUUUCAUUGCGAUCAAGAUUUCCCUCUCGAACCGCUCGCCGAGAGAAAACACUUAUAAAGGACAGCAAGAUCGGAGGGAGGGCCAAACUAACAAGACCAUUACAAGAGACCGGGCUCCCUCCCUCUCUCACUCACUCGUCAUCGCCUUGGACAUAUAAGAUUUUUAUAUGUCAGAUAGGUGGCGCUCCUCCCCGAUGCCGCCUUAUUCAUACAUAUCAUCCACCUCGGACACCGCUGCUCCCGCCUCCUCGAUGCGCGACGACGAUCCGUCCUCGUCGCACCCACCCUAUAAUAACACGAACGCGGUCCAGGAUCCCCCACUUACACCAGCACUUCCACCGCCGAUGAUGUCGAUGUCUACGUCCACGGCGACGCCGCCGUCAACGUCAACGCCGCUGUCGGACAUACCCCUGGAAAAGUUGCACCAACAACUAUUACCGAUCACAAUCCCCCACACAUCAUUAAAAGCGCAUUUCACAAAUUGGGGCCAAAGUUAUACAUGCUCGCCGUCAGUGGUGUUCGAACCGGAGACGGAAGAGCAGUGUGCGGUUAUAUUGGAAGUGGCACGACGGGAAGGAGAGACGGUGCGUGCGGCAGGGGUAGGGCAUAGUCCGAGCGAUUUGGCGUGUACGAAGGGGUAUAUGCUGCGGACGGAGAAGCUUUGUCGGGUGCUUGAGGUGAGUGAUUGCAGUGCUAGUUUGGGCCCAAGUGUGCUGCUUUGCUUGCUGCUGCUGCACAGGCGCGGGAUGGCUGGAUAUCCGAUGUUCCGUUGAACGUAUCGGGGAUCUCCACUCUCGAUCUGUUGCGUCUUUCUUGGUGAAUACGGAGAAGAGGUAUGUGGUUGCAGAGGGCGGGAUCACGCUGAACGCACUGCACGCUGCAUUGGCGGAACAUGGACUGGCGAUGAUCAAUGUGGGGUCGAUAUCGGACCAGACACUUGCGGGGGUGGUGACGACGGCGACGCAUGGGACGGGGCUUGGGUUCAAGGUGAUCUCGACGCAUGUGCAGGCACUGGUGCUGCUCUUGGCCGAUGGCUCUCGCCGACGUUGCAGCCGUAACGAGCAUGCAGAGCUGUUUAUGGCCUCGCUGUGCGGGCUGGGCAGCACGGGGCUGAUCCUGCAGAUUCAGAUGGAGGUCGGACCCGCGUUCCGGCUGAAGGAGAGGCAGACGUCGUUGGGAUUUACGGAGGUGGUGGAUCGACUGGAUGCGUAUGCGUCUGCGAGUGAACAUGUCCGAUUGUGGUGGUUCCCGCAGGCAGACACGAUCCGACUCUCGUGUGCCGAUAGGACGACAGAGCCCCGCAAGCCGGCGGCGUCGUUCCUUUGGCAUUCGGUGAUCGGGUACCACGUCGUGCAGUUUCUGUUGUUUGUGGGGAUCUACGUUCGGGCGAUCAACCCCUGGAUCGCCCGCUUGACUGUCUGGCUCGACCGCGCUCCCACGCUCACAGUAGACGAUUCCUGGCGCGUCUUCAAUCUCGAUUGCAAGUACCCUCAAUUCACAACGGAAUGGGCGCUCCCAUAUACGUCCACUGCGGCCUGUCUGCUCGAGCUUCGUACCUGGCUAGAUAACGAACACCGUUCUCCCACCGGUUUACGUCCUCAUUUCCCUCUCGAGAUCAGGUUCAGUGACCAAGAUGAUAUUUGGCUCAGUCCCAGCUCUGGCACCAGGACUACUUGGAUUGGCAUCAUUCAGUACAAACCUUACGGCUUCAACGUACCCUAUCGCAAAUUAUUCGCCCAAUUCGAAGCUAUCCUCGCUAAACAUGGUGGCAGACCCCAUUGGGCAAAAGCUCAUUCGUUGAAACCCGUCGAGUUGAGACGGUUGUAUCCCAGAUUCGACGACUUUAUCCGAGUCUUGGAAGACGUAGACCCCCGUGGGAUGUUCAGAAAUGAGUAUGUGCAAAGACAUUUGUUUGGGAUGGAUGGGCCUAGGUGGGGAGAGCGGGUGUUCAAGGUGAGGCAGUGAUUCAGAUUGGCAGGGGGGCAGGCAGGCGUCUCGCGGUUUCGCGGUUUCGCUAGUUCCUCUUAGUUGGUGGGCGGGUUUGGUUGUUAUGGGGCGCGAAGAGGGAAACAUGAAUGAAAACAAUCUGCUGCCACAAACCACCACAACCAAACACCAUGAGAGGAAAUAUUAAUUCAUAAUUCAUAAUCUCGUAAUUCAAAACCACCGUCGUCCCGAGAUUGAAUGCACGCGCAUUGCAUCCUCGAACAUACACUUCACCAUCACUACUCAGUACUCCAUCCGUCAUUCCCUGUACCUCCCCUCCCUCCCUUGGAUUCCAUCCCGCCUGUCCCAGUCGCUUUGGCCAUCGCGGUAAUAAUCACAAAUCACGUACUUGAACCUCCUCCUCGCUCUAUCCCAUCGACAUCCACUCACAGUCCAAUUCAAUCCAAUUUCAAGUCCUCUGCCAAUUCACGUUUUGUUGGGCGUUUUCAUCCACCCCUCACUUGCUUUUAUUAACUAUUCACGACCGGAUCCGUCCCCUGGUCAAGCCAGCAUAUAUAUUCAUAUACAGUGCAAUAAGUAUCCGUCGUUUACUUUCGACUUUCGAGUUUUCCUCACACGUGUUCAAGUUGAGUAUAUUCAUGAAGGUGCCCAGUUUUUCUCUUUUUCGUUUCGUUUUUCGUCGUUACUGUAUACUCCUGUUACUGGGAAGAGGAGAGGAUGGGUAGAUCAAAGAAGUGGUGGUGGAGGAAGACGAGAUGAAAGGAGAGUGUUGCUAUAAUCUAUACGCCAUGUAAUCCUUAUUUCACGUAUCUAUUUCAUCUCUUCUGUCAACUAUUCAAUAUCGCACUUGAUACUCGCCGAAACUUCCGUCCAACGAGUUUGAAGCCAGUCAUACGAGCAUAUAUUAACACCACCUACAUAGUAUAUAGUAACUGCAAUUCUAAUCUUACACCGUGAUUCUGUCUGUUC